GCGACCAGUUGAGCGCUGACAAGCGAUUAAUUAAGUAGCAUUGCGAUUAGCUUAGUUUUUGCUGUCCCAGCGAUGACCACGAUUCCAAAUGGAAGUGCGGCACAGCCCACAACUCAAGCUGUGAUUGAGAUUCAGCCGGUGUUCGUUGAGCCUGCUGUCGCCCAGCCAGCAGCUGCUUAUGCCGAACUGCUCAAUGGACCGCCAGAGGAGGAAGUACGAAGGAUGGGCAAGAGCAAGUUUCGCAUCAAAAGUCUGCUGAGCUCGGCAGCCAUUUUUCUAUCGCUGAUGCUCAUUGUUGGUGCCAUUUUUAUGCACCUGCAGCAAAAAAAUCACUUCGGACGCAUGAAUUGGGGCAAGGAGGAAAUGGAAAUGGAGUCGCCAACAAUUUUCUGGAAUGACACAAUGACUCCAACUAUAGAAUCCUACAUCCAAGAGCCACCUGAUGCCUGGAGGGAGUGCCUGAAGUGCAUUGCGUAUACAAGUACGCUAAAUAGGUCUGUGUGCGGCGAAAAUAAGUGUGGAACCUAUGGCAUCUCCAAGCUUUACUGGCAGGAUACAUUGCGCCUUCCGGGCAUAAAUCUCAGCCAAGACUAUGAGAGUUGCGCUCUGGAUCCGGAGUGUGGAUCGGAAAUUGUGCGAGGUUACAACGAGCACUAUGCCAGGGACUGCAAUGCAGAUGGAAACAUUGAAUGCAAGGAUCACAUAAUGCUGCAUAUACUAGGACCCACAGGCUGCCGAACGCAGCGGAUGCCGUUCAUCUAUAGCAAGCGGAUGGACGCAUGUUUGGAAGGGAGUGAGCUUGAAUAGAAACAAAACAAAAAAAACACUAUAGCUAAAUAUGACAUUUAUUGUUUGUCGCCACGGGUGGGACGCCAGUAGAAGGUUAGCAUAAACAAGGCCAGAAAAUCAGUAAACAAUAGCAGCGCGGCAAGCUUGUCAUCCUUCAGGCUCGUACGCAGACCGCCAACGCCCAGAAUACUCUGUGUGUGAUACACAACGACCUGAAAGUGGCAAGUGGCAAGUGGUAAGAAGCAAGUGUGUGCAAAUGUGUGUGUGUGUGGGUGGGUGUGAAUGAUAUGGUCAUAUUGUGUGAUAUGUGAUAGGUGAAGGACUAGUGUGGUUAGCUAAAAGGCAAAAGUGUGACAAAAGUGAGGCAGCCUUACGGGCAACAGCAUCAGCACGAUGAUUGCAGCGUAAACGAAGAAAGGCCAGCUCAGCCGCAGGAUGCCCAAGAAGACGACCACAUAGAUGCUCAGCAGCAGGGUGAAAAAGGAGACGGUGAACAUGAAAUUCAUACUCUUGGUGAGGUCACGCUGCAUGCAGUCGGAAGAUUAAGAUAGUGCAGCAGCAAUCACACUGGACACUUUCGACUUACCGGCAUGAGCAGGGCCAACACAAUGGCAAAGACCAUGACAAUCAUGGCGACCAGUAAACCAA